CCAGAAUUACACGUUCUCCUUUGAAUUUUUGGAAAACGGCGCCAUCUACCGGGCGAGACAGGAGUUGUACACUGUCCACUUCCAGCCCGACACGCCAGGCGACGGCCGCGUGAACCUGGCCAUGUAUCAAAUCAAGGACUCGGACUUAAGGAGCUACAAUCUGAGGAUAAGCAACGGGGUGGGGGAGCCGUUGGAAGUCCCGCUAGGGGUCGGAAAACAGCCAGGUCGGUGGAACAUUUUAACUUGAAGGGGAGGAAAACAUUUCAACACUUGGGGGGACGGGGGUCAUAGAUGUUUAAGGAUGUAACAAUAUAAAUAUUUUCAUUAAAAAAUUGCACUAAAGUGACAAAGUUUCUUAUUUUUUUAUUUUGUUUUAAUUUUUAUUUUUUUGGCAACUGCGAUUUUUUGUGAAGUGUGUAACUUCUAUUUUUAAUAUCAUAUCGACGAAUCGGUCAGCACUAUUGCAUGUUCCAGAACCAUAUUAUGUACCAUUAAUAUCGUAUGGCGCACAAAUUAUGUCCUCUUGUGCAACAUGUCACAAGUCGUUGUCCUGUCAUGUUUUAUAAAAUUCUUCCAGCUCAAAAUUUGAGCCUCUGUAAUCAAUCUGCUGGUUUUUUUUGUUUAAUGUAAAAUAUACAACGGCAUCUAAAUAAUGUGACUUCCCAGCUUAUCAGAUUUGAUUUCAUUUAAGUGUGUGAUUCCAGAUCCGUCUGCAUGAAAUGUGUGCUUAAAAAGUGGCGUCAGCGAGCCGUCAAGCCUGAGCUCUUAAUGCCCUUCUCAAAGCAGCCCCCCCCCCCUUCUAAAGCCCUAACUAUCAGGCCGGGAAGUUGCACGUUUGAGAUCUCCUCCUGCUAGGAGACUGCGUGAAAUAAGUCUCCGUAAUGUUAUUUCAAUGUUGUUUGGCUCAUGUAGCCUUAAGUAAACAUUUGUAUGUUGAUCGAUUGCAGAUAACGCUCACAGACUUGAAUUGGGCCUGGGCCUUGGUCUGACGUUGGGCCCCGUCGUUCUCGUCCUCACGAUCAUCGGGGCCGUGUGCUGGAGGACGCGCCGUGGACAAGGUCAGGCCGAGGCGCCGGAGGACCUCAAGUAUGACUCUCUUAGCCAGGAAAAUUUAGGACGGCCCUACACGUACAGGGAACCUUCUUUAGGUCUGGUACUUGUUUUAUUUUAAUGGUUGUAUCUAGAUCAAGGAUGAGGCAACCUACGGGCUGCGGGCCACAUACGGCCCGCCGGAAAGUUUAAUGCGGUCCACAAGAACUUCCGUGAACUGGGUUUAUGCUUCACUGCUUUCACUAUUAACUAUUUCUCAAAUGUUACAUGUCAUUUCCUUAUAUUUCUUUUGAUUUUUUUCUUUAAUGUGAGAUAUUACCUCGAUAUCACUAUUUAUUAUAAUCAAUUAAUUAAAAAAUGUGUUCAAUUUAUUUGCUGAAUUUAUUGACCCCUGGACAAAUUCGCUCCCAGGCCAAAAGCCAUGUAACGUCUAAGUUGCACUCUGCACAAUAAAAUGUUUCCCACCUCUGAUCUAGACCGUGCAGAGUAUUAAACCGUGUUUGUGUAUGUUAACAAAAUGUUUUUUUUUUAUUUGAUUAAUGUCUGUAGACUUGAAUUGUUUUCCUUUUUAAAAAAUCCGAAACAAACUAAGAUUCUGUACUAAGAUACAUCGUCCAUUAAGAGUAGGAGAUCUAAGAAUUUAGAUAUUCUUUAGCUCAUACAGCAUUUUGCUGUCAACAGCGAGGCGAUGGAAAUCAUAUGCCCCAGCGCGGCAACACGAGUCCUCUCUUUCGGCAACAUAUUUUCUUUAGUCGUGUGGCAUACGCUAACACACACGAUCUUGUCAUAUUUUCAUUGAUCGUGUACGACGCUUUCAGCUUCCCCAUAACCGUUGAAUCGCUAUUUCAAACGGCACAUAGUAACACUAGAUCCAACGGUUAAGGCCGUCGUUCUAUUCCCAAGAAAUAUUUUGUUUGUCUUAGAGAAUGCUGUAUGUAGAGACCGAACAAAUUUCGGCUUCGGCUCCGGUUUCGGCCCUCGAAAGUGGCCAUUUGAUCACUUUCGGCCUAAUAUCGGUUUCAGCGGAAACCAAAAAGUUAAUUUUCGGUUGAAUUUCGGUUUCGGCCGAAACUGAAACGUUAACUUUCGGUUUGAUUUCGGUCUCGACAAAAGUCUCUUUUUUUAAAUUUCGGCCUAGUAUUUCGAUUUCGGCGAAAUAAAAAAAUAAAGUGGUAUAUAUCUCAGUGGCAGUUGCCUUACAACAAAGUCUGACGUUUAAAACAAAACGAACGGUGUUUUUUUGUUGUUGUUUUUUUCAUAAUCCAAUAUUUUAUUAACAUGAAAUAUCUUUUAAGUUCACUUUUUUUCCCCGGUACACGUACACGUUUCUAUAACUACAAGUCUGGCUUCUCUCAAAUCUAUAUUAUCGGUGUUAAAUGGUAGAGUAUCCAUUUAUAACUAUAAAAGAUAUCUUACUCCACGUUUUCAUUCAAUACUCUCCAGAUGCAGACCAAAGAGGCCAAGCGGUUUCUAUGAGGGAUGAAAGCGACCACUACACGUCGUCAAAAGGUAACAGGAUGUCCAAGGACCAGGGAGCCAGAAAGAGCGUCGUGAAAACCCAGCAGCUUUACGCGUCCGUCGCUAGGCCUACACGCGACAGAAACGAUGAAGCUUAUUCUAACGCCGACAACGAGGCUGAGAUUGGCGUCUGUGUAGAUAACAUCUACAAUAACUCAUGUUGAAACGUGAUUUAGUUUGUAUCAGCGCUAUAAGGGGUG